GCUGCACCUUUUAGAGCCUCUGGGAGGCUCAGCCAGCCUGUCUGGUUCUCUGCUCUCCAGCGGCUGCGGUUAUGGACGUGUGUCUGCACUCCGGGCAGAAGCAGCCCAGGCGCCUGCGGGAAGCAACGUGCGCCCCAGAUGGGGGCUUAGAGCCGGCAGCGGAGGGGGCUCUCCAGGAGGAUGGCACCGGCAUACCCCCAGGAGGUUCUAACAAGAUAGAACCAUCUCUUCGUAGCCUCCAGAAGUUUGUUCCCACCGAUUACGCCAGCUACACGCAGGAGCACUACGUGUUCGCAGGCACAGAGAUCGUCAUCCAAGAAUCCAUAGAGAGCUACGGAGCCGUGGUGUGGCCAGGGGCCACGGCCUUGUGCCAGUAUUUGGAGGAACAUACAGAGGAACUGAAUCUCCAAGAUGCGAAGAUUCUUGAGCUUGGUGCUGGACCAGGCCUCGUCUCCACUGUGGCCAGUAUUUUAGGAGCUCAAGUCACAGCAACGGAUUUGCCUGAUGUCCUAGGAAACCUGCAAUACAAUCUUCUGAAGAACACGUUAAAGCGUGCGGCGCACCUGCCGGAAGUGAGAGAGCUGGUCUGGGGGGGGAGCCUGGAGCAGCACUUCCCCAGGUCCACGUUUUACUACGACUAUGUUCUGGCCUCGGACGUGGUCUACCACCACUACUUCCUGGACAAGCUGCUCGCCACCAUGGCGUACCUUUGUCAGCCAGGAACAGUAUUGCUUUGGGCAAACAAAUUCAGGUUCAGCACCGAUUACGAAUUCCUAGAUAAAUUCAAGCAAGUUUUUGACACAACACUCUUGGCUGAAUUUCCAGAGUCAUCAGUCAAAAUUUUCAAAGGAAUAUUAAAAUGGGAUUAAAUUAAACAGAAUGCCUUUUGAAACAUCAGUGUGUCUUUUGAGCAGUUUUAGAAAUCAUACUGUUAACAAAGGACUUUUUUGAGAUGGGGAAGGUAGUGCGUAAUAACGACGUGUAUGCCAGAACAAACAUUUAGUAUUAUGGCAGCUUUCUAAAAUAACCUGCUUAGGAUUAUCUGGUUAAUCUAAACAUCUACAAAGAGUAAUAUGCAAACUUAAAAGUAGCUGUGUUGGCUUCCAAAAAGUCUCAAUUGUUUAGCAGAGUGUACGUGAAUAAAUUCAUAAACAAGUGGA